CAAUGAAAGAAUGGGGUGCACGUAUUCUGACAUUAAAUUUGACAAUCCAGAUUUGCAGAUUGCGUCAUUUGUGUCGGAGGAGGAAGUGAAACUCGUCGUUGACAGUUGGACAAUCUUAAGGGAUGAUACAUAUGUUGGACUUCAUAUAUUCAAUAGGUUUUUCCAAAUGCAUCCAGAAUUCAAGAAACUUUUUACCGAACAAAUGACGGUGGAAGAUAAUGACCUUUUAGUUGACGAAGAGAAGUUGAGACACCAUGGUAACAUUGUAAUGGAAGGUCUUGGGGCAGCUGUAGAAAGUCUUGAUGAUUCUGUCUUUCUGUCGAAUGUUCUUGUUACCAUGGGAGAAAGUCAUGCGCGACAUAAUGUCAAGCCGGAAAUGGUCAUUUUACUUUGGCCGGCGAUUAGAGAUGCUUUUAAUGGAUGCUUAGGGACAGAUUUUACGACACAAAUGGCCACUGCAUGGGAACAUGUGUUUGAAUAUAUGGCAACAAAGUUCAAGGAAGGAUUACGAAAGGAAACUAAGCACGCGAGAUGACAACAAGAUACUAUCUUCCCUUUAGAAUUUCAAAUGUAUAACACAAUGUCACAGACGGUACGCGACUUCUGCACGACCUUUCAUCGAAUAAACAAUAAUAGCUUUCAAUCUUUGAGAUGAAACACAAAUUGCAGUCGUAAUGAAUCACACUAAAUAUAUAAAUAUUUAAUCACCACCAUCUACAUGUUUUCUAGUUUUUUGUUUGUCACUACAUGAUAAAGUAUUAUAUUUUAUUUAUAAAAAAAAAAUGUUCUCUGCGCGGUUGUAUAAUCAUAUAACAUGACAGAUCAGUGAAUGAAUUCGAAGUUGCGACUUUCGACGAGCUAGCCCAAGGUGAAACAAAAACAGCUAUAUCGCCAAUAAUUGUAUGAUACAUGUUCUAUGAAGUUUGAUUAUUCUUGGAACAUACGACUGGGACAAUGCACAAGUUCUUGAUUACGCUGGGAACAUUCGCUCAUCAUGUUUACGCUGAGCAAUACACUUGUGUUGAGUACACUGGGGACAUACGCUUAUCUUGUUUAUACUUGGAACAUAUGCCAAUCUUAAUUACACUUUGAUAACAUAUUCUUAUAUUGAUCACACUAGGAACAUUCGGUAAUUUUGAACACACCGGGAACAUAUGCUAAUAUUAAUAAAAAUGUGAACGUAUGUCAAUCUUGAUCACACCGAAAACAUACGCUAAUAUUGAUCACACUGUGAUCAUAUGUCAAUCUUGAUCACACCGGGAACAUACGCUAAUAUUGAUCACACUGUGAUCAUAUGUCAAUCUUGAUCACACCGGGAACAUACGCUAAAAUUGAUCACACUGUGAUCAUAUGUCAAUCUUGAUCACACCGAGAACAUACGCUAAUAUUGAUCACACUGUGAACAUAUGUCAAUCUUGAUCUUGAGAAGAAAAUUUAUCAGAUAAUAAUCUUUAACUGUAUUUUUAAAUACUAUAUAUUUUAACUACAUUUGCAUUUUUA